UGUUGUCUCUUCUUCUUCUUCUUCUUCUUCUUCUUCUUCCACCCCUGACUUUGUCUCUUGCUUUCUCUCUCCUUCCUCUUCCUUUUUACGCCGUGGCUUUGAUUCAGGGGUAUCUGUGUAUGUAUGUGUGCACACACACACACACACACGCAUACACUCUGUAAAUUUUCCCAAAGUCGCUUUUGUCUCUUCUGUGCUGCAUGGAGUUCUCGGAUCCUGGGGUUUUAUAAUGUAUUAGGAAUCCUUGCUAGAUGGGACCAAUAUAAAUUUCCUGACGCUCAACCCCUUUCUAGUUCACAAAUCAGUCACCCUUGUCACAUUUAUUGAAAUUCCUCAACUUGCCACACCAGGACGGUGGAAAAAGCAGGCGGCGCCUUUGUUGCUGACCAAGCUUGUGAUCGCCAGAGAGAAUUUACUUACCUUCAGAUGAGUGAGCAGAAAAAGAAAUAACACUCCCUUUGAUUUAGUUAGGAAAAUGCAGACAUUUGGAUUCAGUGCAAACAUACAACACUUGCUUGUUUUCUAGAUGCAACCCCUCGAUUAACCUGUCUUUUCCCCAGCUCAAGCCUAUUCAGAAACUAGGGAUAGUUCCUCUUUGUUCCUCUUACAAAGAACCAUUGACUAUAUAUUAAAAUGAUUGUCGAGACGUAGAAGUAUUGUACUUUCAAAAGAGACCAUCUUUGUGACUCAGUUCAUGAAGGAAAUCCACUUGGGCCUGGGAAUGAAUUUAUUCAUUUAUAUUUAUUAUUUCGGUAAACUGGGAUUAUAGAUGUUUAAAUAUGGGAUAUCAUUUUGGACCAAAUGUUUUUAGUAUCCAGAAAUGGAGGGAAGAAAAGAGAAAGAGGGAGGGUGGGAAGGAGGAAACAAAAGUUAUCCAAAAGUCAGACCCUUCGAGGUUUGAACCUAGAUAUGUGUGAUUUCAUGGCGUAUUUCCAUACAAAUCUUUCCAGUUCCCUUUUGAGUUAGGAAAUAAUUCAGCCCUUCCUUAUAUAGUGUUUCUAAUUUUAAAGCUACACGUUUGGAGGAAAUAUAUUGAGGGCACGGUUUUAGAAACGGGUUAGAUGUUCUUUUUCAAAGCAUUAUGUCCUUUCGCUAUCAUGCCAUGAAUGUUAUGUAUCAGAUUUCGCUGUUGGUUCAGGACAGAAAAGAAGGUUCUCUGAACCCUUUAGGUAGCGCGGUAGUUUUCGUAGAUAUUUUCUAUUAAACAUAAUGAAGAGAAUGAAGCUUGCAAAGGAGGAAAGAGAAAAUAAUCUCCAGGGUCCUAAAGCAACAGGUCUGGAGUAUCUCUUGGCCAUGGAAAUAAGCUUGGGGAUGCAUGAGGUGGAUUGGGCUGGAGGGAUGAAGGGUCCCCCUGCCGCUAACCCCAGGGCGAGGGUCGAGGGCUUUAGGAACAUUUUGUCCCAGAGAGAAGAAGGGAAAUAUCCCAUUUCUUCCUUGUGGUUAGCACAAGGCAUCAGAUCUAGAGCAAAACUUCCAGAUCUAGAGCAAAACUUACAAGAUCUUCCAAGGUCCCAGUCACAGAAGGGCACGAGCCAAUUGUUUGUUUGUUUGUAUAUUGGGGCUGUAGUAUGUACAUUUGUGACCAGUCCAUUCAUGGCAUGUGUGUGUGUGGUGUGUGGUGUGUGUGUGUGAGAAAGAGAGCCAGCGAGCCAUGCUGUGGACAAGGGGUCGUGGGCUGCAGAACUUAUCAAGUGGGAUUUGCGGCAGGCUCUCUGCAUGAAGCGAGAGCUGCUCCAGUUCAAAGCCCCAUGCACCAACGUGUCAUAGAAGCCACUAAAAGAUCACCCCGGUGGUGCUUUCCUGCCUCGCCAUCCAUUGCCCAACUGCUCUCAGAUGGCGAGAGGAGAAGAAAGGAAGGAUGGCUGCCCCGAUGGAGUCGCCCAAGAGGGGCUUUGCUUUGGCUUGAUGUCACCACAGCCCACCUAGCCUUCACCCACCCACCUGCCUGCCCACGCACCCACCCACCCCCAAGCCUCUCCUCUCCUUUGCCUUUCCCUCCUUUAUCCUUCCCUUCCCUUUCCCUAGCUUUGGUCAGUAGUGAGCAGAAAUGAGGGGACCUCAGCUUCAACAGGUGGAGUGGGGAACCAAAUCAGAAAAUAAGGCAAAAGGUUGCCCUUGUAAUGAGGAAAAGAAAACGACUUCACAGAAACCUUCUGGAACAGUCAAGUAGCAGCUACCCUGGACACCAUGCUCUUCCUCACCACCUCCACCACCACCACGCAGAAGCCGGGACUCACUCGCUUUUCCCCGGACUGCACCAGGAGCAACCUCCUCCCCAUGAAGCUCCAGGUGGCCGCCUGAACGGACAGCUCAGGCUGGGGCUACCUGGAGACAUGUACGCCCGGGCCGAGCCCUUCACGCCAGUGCCAGUCUCCAGGACAGACCCCUUCGCGGCCUCCUCCUUCCACGGCUACAGUGGCAUGAACCUUAACCUGGCCCCCCACCACGGCCCGGGGGCCUUCUUCCGCUACAUGAGGCAGCCCAUCAAGCAGGAGCUCAUCUGCAAGUGGAUCGAGCUAGACCAGGCGCCCCAGAAACUAUGCUCGAAAACUUUCAGCACCAUGCACGAGCUGGUGACCCACGUCACCGUGGAGCACGUCGGCGGGCCCGAGCAGUCUAACCACAUCUGCUUCUGGGAAGAGUGUCUCCGGGAGGGGAAGCCCUUCAAGGCCAAGUACAAGCUGGUCAACCACAUCCGCGUCCACACGGGAGAGAAGCCCUUCCCCUGCCCCUUCCCGGGAUGCGGGAAAGUCUUCGCCCGCUCCGAGAACCUCAAGAUCCACAAAAGGACGCACACAGGGGAGAAGCCCUUCAAGUGCGAGUUUGAAGGCUGCGAGCGGCGCUUCGCCAACAGCAGCGACCGGAAGAAGCAUUCCCACGUGCACACGAGCGACAAGCCCUACAACUGCAAAGUGCGAGGCUGCGACAAGUCCUACACCCACCCCAGCUCCCUGCGGAAGCACAUGAAGGUCCACUGCAAGUCCCCUCCUCCCAGCUCGGGCUACGAGUCCUCCACCCCGUCGCUGGUGUCGCCGUCCUCCGACUGCGGGCGGGAAGCCCCCCAGCCCCUGCCGCCGCUGCCGCCGCCGCUUCCUCCUCCUCCUCCUCUCGCCUCUUCCUCCUCCUCAGCCCCACCGGCCUCCUCCUCCUCUUCCUCUUCCUCCUCCUCCAGCCAGGCGGCGGCCAACCUGAGCGAAUGGUACGUGUGCCAGAGCUCAGGGGCCGGCGGCAUCCCGACUCCACCCAGUAACUCUCCGUCACCUCACCCGGGAGAGGCCGCUUACACAAACUGUGAUCCUCGGCCCGGUUAUUAAAGUCAAUACGGUAGGACUGCUGGACUGCCUGCCGACGGCGAUACCCUGCAUUGUUCUCCUCUUCCUCGUUUCAGGGUCAGAGGAAAGCCUGGCUGUUAGAGAAGAGGAGCAGGAACAGAUCCUGCGUGUGAGGAUCUCCUCUCCUCUCUCCUCUCCUCUGAUCCGAAAUGCUGCACAGGCCACUGGAGAGAAGCGACACCGACCUCCCCCCUUCAAGACCCACCUACAGCCCUUUCCUCAACUCCCUUUUGUAUUUAUUAUGGUGCCAGGCACCCAGGACAGUCAAGGGAUUAAUUACCCUCUCCUUCUCCAAGCCGUCCCUUCCUUCUAAUGUUAUUCUUUCCCGCCCUUCUGCUCUAAGACAAGACUUUUUUGGACUCGCCUCCUUCUCAUGUGUUUACAAACGGCCUCGAUCUCAGUUGAAACCGUCCUUUUGUAUCUCAAUGAACCAAAGUGUUUUAAUACGGAUUUCUAGCUCUAUAGUCGUGCUGGUGUCACUCUCGUGAUGGUGUGAUUUCCCCCCCUUGGGCUUUUUUUGUUGGUUGGUUGGUUUGUUAGCCUAAUGUUUUAGUUUUAUUUGUUUUAUUUCUUUGUUUUGGCCCCAUGUGUCUGCUUUCUUUAUUUUUUUAAAAAAGGAAUAUUAGUCUCUAUAAAUUUAUUCUUCCCUUAAGUAAUUGUACACCAAUCGAUCCAUUCAAUGCUUUGAUUAAUUUGCCCAAUUUCAGUUGACCUUUUUUUUUGGAAAUAAUCUAUUUUUUGCCACUUCAAUUUCCCUUCCCAGCAUAUUCUUCCCACGUGUCACUAAUAAAACAGCCCCGAGGGUGGCUUAAUGAUUUAUGGUACAUUUUAAUUUACACUAGUAAUGGAUUUAAAUGCAUAAACAUAUUCUCUUUUUCUCUCCUGCUCUCCCUCCCCGUGUCAUUUCUGUUGCCUUGUGAGUUCUUGUGAUUCCUAGUGGAUGGAAGGUGAGAUCCAUGUUAAUUUGGGGGGGGGGGGGGGGGGCAAUGUUAUGAGUGACGUCAUUGUGCUGAUUCUCUUGGAUUGUCCAAAGGGAUCCAUUGGCGUGUCCAUUUCUCUGAACUGAUGGUGUAAACCCAGUGGUGGUCUUGUUUUCAAACGCACAACAGUUGUUCUGUAAAAUAAUAAUUCGAAACUAUUAUUAAUUUUUUUGUAAUGGCAAAAUAAAAUGGUUUUAAGAUCUUGAACAUA